AUGUCGGUGUAUACUAAUUUAAUUGCAUGUCGAGUGUGUGGAAAAAUAUUUCCUCAUAUUCUACCACUACUCUAUCAUUUUGAUCAAGUUCAUAAAACAGAAGCGUAUAUGCUAGCAAUACAACAAAAUAGUUACCAUGUGUUAAGGACGACAGAUUUCAAGUUAGAUAAUAAACAAGGUCACUCUCAAUUUGCUUCAACAGCAAAUGGUCAUGCUAUUUUUCGUUCAAUGAUUGAGGAAUCGCUUUCAAGGGGUCAAGUGUACAGAGAUAACAAGUUGGGCCCAAUUUAUUUUACAAAGCCUUUAAUCAAGAAUCUAGACAAGCCCUUAAUUUUUGAAAAUGUUGAAGAAGAUGAAGAUAAAAACAUGGACUUGGACUUGAAGCUUUAG